GUUUUCUCCCUUAGUUGUAAAAUUGCCAAACAAUUAGCUGUCAUUUCCAACAUUUAACAAUACGUUUUGUGUUAAACACGCAUGCAUUAAGGGCAAAAUGAGUGUGUGUGGGCUUUAAAUUAUAUUUGAAAAGAAUAUAUUCAUUUGAAACGAAAAAAAGCAAUUAAAUAACAUGAAAAUGAAUUACAUGAGAUUUCUCAACAAGGUCAGUCUGGGUAGGAAGCCUUCUCCAAUCAGAGUGCUCACUGCUAUUCUCCAGCAAAGUCCCCCCUCCAUGAUCUCUAUGGCUGGUGGAAUGCCAAAUGUUGGAACAUUUCCAGUGGAGUCUGCUUCAUUUAAGCUAAGGGAUGGAACCCAUCUGGAGAUGAACCCAACUUUGAUGAAGCAAGCUCUACAGUACUGUCCAACACCAGGGAUGCCAGGGUUAGUUGAAUGGUUGAAGACCCUGCAAGAACGGAAACACAACCAGCAUGGGCUGCUGAACAUGGAAAGUGUGGAUCUUUUAGUCACCACUGGUAGUCAAGAUGGUAUCUGUAAGGCAAUGGAAGCCAUGGUGUCACCGGGAGAUAAAGUGCUGGUUGAAACACCUGUAUACUCAGGAACCUUAGCCAUUUUAAAGCCAAUGGACUGUGACCUUUUACCUGUAAGGUCAGACAGCAAUGGCCUUGACCCAAGUGACCUUGAAAAGACGAUGUCGAAGUGGAAUCUCUCAGAUGUCAAGGAUAAAAACAGCGACAUUCCAAAACUCCUGUAUAUCAUUCCAAAUGGUGGAAACCCAACAGGACAUGGCUUGACGUUGAACAGAAAGAAAGCUAUAUAUGAAAUUGCUCGGAAAUAUGAUCUCUUAAUACUUGAAGAUGAUCCCUACUAUUACUUACAGUUUAAUGAACCCUAUGUGCCAAGCAUGCUGUCAAUGGAUGUGGAUGGUCGAGUGGUCAGAUUUGACUCCUUCUCAAAGCUUAUAUCCUCUGGCAUGAGACUUGGCACUGUGACAGGUCCGAAGAUUAUAUUGGAGCGAAUCUCUCUUCACAUGCAAGCCUCUGUGAUGCAUGCCAGCUCUCUGUCUCAGAUGCUGCUGCUGCAAGUGUUGAGUCACUGGGGCUAUGAUGGUUUUGACCACCAUGUCCGUGAGGUCACUCACUUCUACAAAGAGAAGAAGGACCAGUGUAUACGAGCCGCCGAAAAACACUUGAAAGGUCUUGCUGAAUGGUCAGAGCCCUCUGGUGGCAUGUUCCUGUGGCUAAAGUUAGCGGUACCAGACACGUAUCCGAUGAUCACAGUGAAGGCACGCAGUAGAGAGGUGCUCUUUGUCCCUGGCAACGCAUUCCAACUGGACGACAGAAGGCCCAGUCAGUAUGUGCGGGCGUCUUACUCUACGUGUACAGAAGAGGAUAUGAAUACAGCAUUUAAAAGACUUGCAGGUUUGAUACAGGAGGAGCAACAAUCUGCUAGAUGAAUGUAUUAAGCAACAAAGUACGAUAAGAGAAAAGCAACAUUCAGUAAUAUAUGCAAUUAAAAAUCACCGGCUAUUUUGGCAACACGUUGUACAGUAAGCCAGUACACAUAUUUUCCUGAUAAUGCCAAAAUAAAAACCUCAACUUUUUAAUUCUAUUAAUGUUUUUAGCUCACCUGAGCACAACGUGCUCAUGGUGAGCUAUUGUGAUCGCCUUUUGUCCGUCUUGCGUCGUGCGUCGUCAACAUUUACCUUGUAAACACUCUAGAGGCCACAUUUAUUGUCCAAUCUUCAUGAAACUUACUCAGAACAUGUGUCCCAAUAAUAUCUUGGACGAGUUCGAAAAUGGUUCCGGUUGCUUGAAAAACAUGGCCGCCAGGGAGCGUGGCAGUUUGCUAUAGUAAAACCUUGUUAACACUCUAGAAGUCACAUUUAUUGUCCGAUCUGCAUGAAACUUUGUCAGAACAUGUGUCCCAAUAAUAUCUUGGGCGAGUUCGAAAAUGGUUCCGGUUGGUUGAAAAACAUGGCCGCCAGGGGGCGUGGCAGUUUUCCUUAUAUGGCUAUAGUAAAACCUUGUUAACACUCUAGAAGUCACAUUUUUAGUCCAAUCUUCAUGAAACUUUGUCAGAACAUGUGUGCCAAUAAUAUCUUGGACGAGUACGAAAAUGGUUCCGGUUGGUUGAAAAACAUGGCCGCCAGGGGGCGUGGCAGUUUUCCUUAUAUGGCUAUAGUAAAACCUUGUUAACACUCUAGAAGUCACAUUUUUAGUCCAAUCUUCAUGAAACUUGGUCAAAACACGUGUCCCAAUAAUAUCUUGGACGAGUUCGAAAAUGGUUCCAGUUGAAUGAAAAACAUGGCCGCUUUGGGUGGGGCAGUUUUCCUUAUAUGGCUUUACUGAAUGGUAAAACCUUGUUAACACUCUUGUUUUUAUAUUCAUGUGCUUGGGUUUUUGUAUUAUUUGAUAAUGUUUAGAAUUUUGUACUCAUAUUUAUUACUGUUUAUUAUUUAGAAUUUUAUAAUGUCAUAUGAAAUGCAGUGAAUAAUUACUGUAUUUUCCUUAUCAAAACGUUUUUAAUUGGUUGCUAUGGUAUUAUACCAAGUAGUGGAAUGAUAUUAUGUUUUGUGAUAUUAUAGAGGUGAAAAAAUAAACUUGAAGACGAGGAA